AUGGCUAGCAGAACGAUAGCUCGUCUCUCCUUGGCGCUCGCGGCCAUCCUUCCUGUAGCCCUUGCCACCUUCCCCCACCGCGCGCUCCUCCAGUCCUGCCAGCCCAACGGCUCCAUCCGCGGCAAGUCCGGCAGCUGCAACCCUGAUAACGACUCCGUGUGCUGCGAGGACGGGAAGGGCUACACGACGUUCGCGUGCUCCCCGCCGGUGACGACCCGCACCCGCGCCACGCUGACGCUCAACAGCUUCGCGAAGGGCGGAGACGGCGGCGGCGCGUCCAGCUGCACCGGCACGUUCUUCGACGACGACGUGAAGGUGGUGGCGCUGUCCACGGGUGGUUCAACAAAGGGAAGCGGUGCCAGAAUAGCAUCGUGA